AUGGGUGUAGCUCCACAGUUGGAAUCGUCCCAAACUGAGGCAGCCAAGAAGAUGUACAGACUGGGAAGACGUAAAAAGGCCGCUUCUACCCUGCUGACCAUGAUGCGUUUGCAGCCGGGGAGAGGCAACUUCAAACACUACAACUCGAUUCUUGACAAACUGUUUGAAGUGAUCCCUCCUACUCCGGGUGUGGUCAGACCGAGCCCACGCCGCUGCAGGACUUGUGCCGUGGUGGGGAACUCUGGGAAUUUGAUUGGAUCACAUUAUGGAUCUUUGAUAGAUGGACAUGAUAUCGUUAUCAGAAUGAAUAAAGGCCCUACUGAAGGCUUUGAAGCAGACGUUGGAAACAAAACCACUCAUCGUGUCAUGUAUCCACAUAGUGCCGUCAAACUGGACAACUCUUCCAGACUGGUGUUUUUCGCCUACAAAAUAAACGAUUUAAUGUGGCUCCAAAAACAGUUUGAUCCAAAAGCUAAGAGCACCGACCGGAUAGCCAACAAAGAUCUGGUCAUGAUCCUCAACCCGGCCUUCAUAAGGUACGUCCAUGAAGCCUGGCUGCAGAAGAAAGGCCAUUAUCCGUCCACCGGCUUCAUCACCAUAGCGCUCAGCUUACAGAUCUGUGAUGAGGUUAGCAUUUUUGGAUUUGGAGCUGACAAACGCGGAUCCUGGAACCAUUACUUUGAAAAAAUCAAAAAGAAACGAUUCAAAACGGGACAGCAUGCUGGGAAUCAAGAACACACCGUCAUCGAGAAGUUACACAGCAAAGAGAAAAUUCAGGUCUUUGUUCCACAGUAG